AUAACACUCCUCUGUCGGCUCUUAUCUUCCCUUCCCCGCCGUCGGCUAAAGCGGAUCAUCUCCGGACCAUUGAGAGAUUUUCAUGUGUUUUAUUCCGAAGUUUUGCUCUUCCCAUGCGGUCCUCAGGAGUCUCUCCGGCCUCCUUUCGCUCUGAACUCCACCGAAUCUGUCGGCGACAAUCAUGGAAACGUGGUUUUUGAAUCAUGUCCUCGGUUUGUCUCUGUCGGUCCUCCUGCUGGGUGGACCAGGACCCCUCUGGGCACAGACCCCAAAUAUCACCAGCAGGGACCAGCUAAGGACGGAAUAUUUUUCUACACAACCUUCCAGCGGUGUGUUUGGCUUUUCAGCCUCCACACACACUUUACCUCCGCGGACAAACGUCCCGCACACACACGGCGCCCCGAGUCGGACUGCUGCCAACUUAGACACUGAGCAGACACAAACCCUUGCACAAUCGAGGAGUUGGUCCGCCACAGAAGAGGUCGAAAAUCCACGUACGGAUCCCCUCACCUUCAUGCCAUUAGUAGCAACCACAGAGGCCAGCAGCAGCAGCACCAACUGGGAGGACCUUCCCAACCCAGAACAGGUGUCGGAUGUCUUCCCUGCUCUGGUAGCCAGGUCCUGGACAGUGACUGAUGAGGCCAGACUACCCCGACACAGACCAAAUUCAACCAUGCCACAUCAGGAUACCACAGACUUAUUGUCCUCUUCUGUGUCUGACAGUACCUACGCUUCCACCACUAUCAGCCGAGCUGGUGAGAGGACCCUGCUGUCUGUCACGUCCUCUUCCAGCAACAGGACGUUCUCUGUGCUUAAAGAGGAGUCCACUUCUCAUCAGCCCCCCUCUACCUCUGGUAUCCCGGCAAGAAGUACAGAAACUGAGGAGUAUACUGACAGCGCACUGUCCACCAGAGCUGACGCCGAAAACACAACUGCACAGCAUCUCUCCCAAACCAUCAAGGAGAUGUUCUCAGAGACCCAGACCUCAGACGUGUCCUCAGGGACCCAGACUUUGACCGCACAGACUAAUGUGACCCAGAAUCACCACAGUUCUACACCAGAGAUGACCUCGAUCUCAUCACCACCUUUCAGAGUAACACAGCCCAGUACUGAACAGUCAGAGGUGCCUGUACGGUCCACGCCACCUGUCACCUCACUUGUUGGCGAUAUUACAAACACCUCAGAGACAGUCCGAGGUUCAGACUCUAAUUUUUGGACGUCCAUUGAAUCGUCUUCUGAAGUAUACAGCUCAACUACCCAAAGCCAGGAGAACACGAGAGGGGUUUCAUCCCAGACCAGAGAGAAUACCACAGACUUAGGCCUCAUCACAGCGCCCCCUACUGCCAACAAUACAUCAUCUGACUUGAAUGACACUCAGACAGACAUGCCGAUGUUAUCUACUGAAACAUUCUUCACCACACCACCCAUUACUGUAACACAAAGAUCACAGAUAACAGAAGACAAAACUUCAAAGGAAAUGGUCUCGACUGUAUCUAUGCUUACGUCCACUCCCACGCCGUCUCUACCGGUGACUUCUUCCUCCCAGCCUGGCAGCACCAGCAGCAACACCACACCCAACUUACCCACCCAAACCACAAUCCCAAACAUAACUCCAUCCACUGCAGCGUUCACACCAAGCCUGCAGACCUCUGCAGCUGCUCACACUCAGCACUUUACCCCAAGUCAAACUCAGGCUUCCACAGCUUGGGCAGCGGCGAUCCCGACAAACGUUGCCACUCUGCAGCCUGAAACCAGCACGGGGUCUCUGACAAUCACCACAGCAUGCGACACCACCACCACGACCUACAGAUCAACUGCCACCACUGGGCGCAUCAUGGCCCCUCAGACAACAAGGAAACAGACCGCCAGGGCAACCACAGAGCCGGUGGUGACAACAGCACCCCCUGAAAUCCAACCCACCAUUCAGUCACCGCCAAUCAGAAAUCCCUGUGUGUCAAACCCGUGUAUGAACGGAGGGAUGUGUGUGAGCUAUGAAGGCCAUCAGUUCACCUGCCGCUGUCAACAGGCCUGGACGGGACCGACCUGCAGUCUGGAUGUGGAUGAGUGUGAGACGGACCCCUGCCCUCCUGGAUCCCGCUGUGUGAACACUCACGGCUCCUUCGGCUGUGAGUGUCCGCUGGGCUUUGACCUGGAAGACGGUCGCACCUGCACCAGAGCAAAGACGUUUCUGGGAACAUUCAGUGUUGACAGGAUGCCUCGUGACCCUGUGAUCUUCAAAAGCUCCACCAUGCAUGAGAUCCAGCGGGAGAUCAUUCAGCUGCUCAACGCCUCGUUAUCGGUCCUCCGAGGUUACAGCCGCUCAACUCUGAGCAAGAAAGAAGAAGAUGGAGUUCGGAUCUCUGCAGUCAACAUGUUCUCCAUCUCCACUGAUGUGACAAGCGUGGAGGUCUACAACAGCAUCCAGAUGUCACUCAACAACUGCAGCGCCUCUUUGCCCCACUGCAGGAUGGUGCUGCACCACCGCCUCACUUACCACGUGGAGAGUCUGUGUGCGGCACAGAAGACGCAGUGUGACACGGAGCGAUCCACGUGCACUGACCUCAGCGGGACGGCCUACUGUCAUUGUCUCCAAGGAUAUUACAAACACAACCCCGAUGACCUGUCCUGUCUCGAAUGUGGAGACGGCUACAAGCUGGAAAACGGCACAUGUGUCCAAUGCAUGUUUGGUUUUGGGGGCUUCAACUGUGGAAAUUUUUACAAGCUGAUUGCAGUGGUGGUGUCUCCUGCAGGGGGCGCCCUGCUCCUGAUCCUCGUCAUCGCUCUUAUCGUCACCUGCUGCAAGAAAGACAAGAAUGACAUCAGUAAGAUCAUCUUUAAGAGUGGAGACCUGCAGAUGUCGCCAUACGCUGACUUCCCCAAGAAUAACCGCAUCUCCAUGGAGUGGGGCAGGGAGACCAUAGAGAUGCAAGAGAACGGCAGCACUAAAAACCUUCUGCAGAUGACUGACAUUUACUACUCUCCUGCGUUGCGCAACUCUGACCUGGAGAGAAAUGGUCUGUAUCCAUUUUCAGGUCUGCCAGGCUCCCGGCACUCAUGCAUCUACCCCGCCCAGUGGAACCCCUCCUUCAUCAGUGACGAUUCACGAAGGAGAGACUACUUCUAGUUGUCCUGCUCCACGGCAUGUCAUGGUGAUUUUUUUGUCCCAGUGUCACCGCUUCCAUUGCAAAAGUUUGAGCCAGAAAGUCCGUUUGAACAGCUGCUCACUGUGUAAAUGCACGUGUGGGCAAAAAAAAAAAAAAAGGUUUUCAGUUUGAUGACUUCAUAAACAAACAAAACACUUUAAGUUUGUGUGCAGACAGUGUGGCUUCUCUACACUACUUCAGGGCUGUGAAAGGGAAAAUAUUGCAGAAUUAAAGGAGAACUCCAGGAUUUCGGGACAAAAACCAUUUAAAAAUUUUACAGUGUUGUCUUAGAAUCGGUUUAAUCAGCUGUACAGUGUAAUGGUACUGGACAAGCUAAAAGCUUAUAUAUAUAUAUAUAUAUAUAUAUAUAUAUAGAGGCCCAGGUUGAAAAAUUCCAGAGUUGCCCUUUCAGGUUAGAGGCGAGAGAAUGUAUUACAAAAAUGAGACUCCUCAUUAGUAUAGAAAUACCUGUGUUUGUGUACUUAAUAUUUAAGUGCACCUGCAUGCAGAUUAUUGUUAUUCACUUUACAACACAUGUAUACUUUACAUUUCAUCAAAUGACUUUCCUAAAACUGACGGUGCGUUGGAGAUUGUUGAAUAUGAUUUUUUUUAAAAUCAAAUUUAAAUGCAUUUACUUGCAUCACCACACAACAAAGUACUGAGUACUGACUGUGUGAAAGGUGCAUUGCGAGGGGG